AUGUCGGCUCUCCGCACCCUGCAUUAUACUGCUCUACUUCGCAUACUUCGCUACCUCAAAGGCACUAUGUUCCAUGGACUCCACUACUCUGCUUACUCUUCUCUCGAGCUUCGUGCCUUUUCUGAUGCUGAUUGGGCUGGGGAUCCUGCUGAUCGGCGUUCCGCCACGGGUUUCUGUUUCUUCUUAGGGAAUUAUCUUCUUACUUGGUGCAGUAAGAAACAGUCCCUCACUGCUCGCUCUAGUAAUGAAGCUGAAUAUCACGCUCUUGCUAACACUACUCAUGAACGUUUAUGGCUUCGCUGGCUCCUUGCUAAUAUGGGUGUUUCUUCUCCUGGUGCUAUCUCUCUCUAUUGUGACAAUCAGAGUACCAUUUAG